AUGAAAUCUAUACACUUAAUGAAUAAUCAUUUAUCAAUUGAUAUAGAUGAAGAGAAUCAGUCACCAAAAAACCCAUUAGAUUUACUUCAUCAAACAUGUGAACGACUACUCAAUGAAUGUGCUGAUCGUAAUAGAAAACCAUUGAAAUUUCGUUUUAUUGAAAUUCAUUCAAUGGAUCAUAAUUGGAAUUAUAAUCAACGAAACAAUAUGAAUACUAGUGUCAAUGAUUUAGAUAAAAUCAAUACGUUUAAUAUUGAUAAUCAAAAUGAUCCAUCGAAAUGUUCUAAUGAAAUUCUUGAUUAUUCUACGAAACAGAUUAAAUAUCCUUAUUAUACAUCAAAUACAUCAAGUUCUUUAUGUUCAACAACAUCAUCGACUUUACAUAAUUCUUUUACUACUUACCCUUUUUCAUGUUUCACUUCAUCCGCCUUUAAAUUGUCGAAUCUUCCCUCGAAUUCUUUGAAUGAUAUUUUAAUUGCAUUACAACAAGGACUGAUCAAUCCAGAUACCUUAUUAUUAUUAUUAUUAUCAUCAUCAUCAUCAUCAUCAUCAACAUCAUCAUCAUCAACAUCAUCAAAUGUUAACAUCACUCAGCAACAAUCAAUCUCUUCAUAUGUGAUUCCAACUAUACAAACGCCAAAACAAGACAACCCUACAAAUGAAACGUACUUUGAAUAUUUAAAGUUACUUACAAAUUUCUUAAGCUAUUUGUCAUUGUUGAAAUGCCUUAAUACUUCCAAUACAACAGAUUGUUCUAAUAUUUUGAAUGGUAAUAGAAGUGGGACAUCAGAGGAGGAAAGUAAUCUAUGA